AUGGAGAAGGUCAGCUAUCAACAGGUGUUGUUUAUAUUGGUAGCCAUCUUGGACUAUGUGAGAGCUGAGAGUCUGGUGCGACUGAAUCUUGGCCUGGAGGUCCCCAGAGGACAGGCUGUGUUUGUGACGGAUAAAGAGUUACGGCUGAAGGCCACUGGGGAGACGAACGCCUGCAAGGUCGAGGUGAUUCUCAACGAGCCUGUCACUCAGAGGGUGGGCAAGCUCACCCCCCAGGUAUUUGAUUGCCAGUUUCUACCUGAUGAGGUGAUGUACACACACAAUGGCAGCCCGUCACUAGAGGAAGAUACAGUCAUGCUGAGAGUCUACAGAUUCACAGACACUGAUACGUAUAUUGAGACAUUCCUACUCACAGUCAGGAUUAUGGAGAGCAGCAGCAAGCUUGCGGAGUUUGGAAGCGUACCCCUUGUGGUGCAGGAGUUCUACGGCCUCUCCAAUGCCCUAGACAGCAACGUGUUGACUUUUCCAACUCGCCCAGAGGUUGUUUGCACAGUGCGCCUUUUGACCUCUGAGACUAAUGCUCCAAUGCUGGGGCAACUGGUCAAAGAGGAUCCUACUCAAGCAGACCAAGGAGAGGCCCAAAAUGCUGGACCAAGAAAAGGUAGACAAGCCAGCCUCUCCUGCCCCGGAAACAGACCUUGUCUCCAUGGCAACAGGGAGGUACGCUUCCUGAAGGUUACCUGCAGUGAGUUCCUAACUUCACAUCUGAAGUACCAACAUCUGAGUCCACCCUCACCAGAGAUCGAUUACAUCCCCAUUAGGGUGGAACUGAGAGACAAAACCUCUCGGGCUUUGUUGGAGGCAGAAAGCGUGUGGCUGCCAGUGUUGAUCCACGGUGCAAUGCCCAACCACCCUCCGCAUGCAGCUUUCAUGUCCAUGUUCAUAUUGGAGGUGGACCAGUUCAUCCUCACUCCCAUGACCACGGCCGCUUUGGACGCCGAGGACCAUGAGACCCCCCAGGCUCGGCUGGUCUUCAACGUGACCAACCCUCCUGCAGAUGGCUACAUAACCCACCUGGAUGACCACACCAAGCCCGUUGGCUCUUUCUCUUGGCAGGACCUGAACGAGAUGAAGAUUGCCUAUCAGCCACCCAAUAGCAGUCUGACUCGCCGCAGUAACUAUGAGGUUGAAUUUGAGGCCAUUGAUGAUUCCUUUGCCUCCAGUGCCCCAAUCAUGGUUCAUUUUUCAAUUCGCACAGCAGAAACAAAUGCUCCUCGAGUGUCCUGGAACAUGGGGUUGGAUCUGCUUGAAGGUCAGUCUCGGCCAAUCACCUGGGAGAACCUGCAGAUUGUGGAUAAUGACAAUAUCAAAGCAGUCACUCUGAUAGCUGUGGACGGGCCUCAUCAUGGCAAACUCAGUGUCCGAGGUGGAAAAGGCUUCAUGUUUAAAGUUCAGGAUCUUCGUGAGGGUGUGGUGGUGUACCAACACUCCGACAGUGACACCACCCGAGACUACAUCAUCUUCCGCAUCACCGAUGGUCGUCAUAGCACUCGCCAUAAGUUCCCCAUCAACAUAUUGCCAAAAGAUGACACACCUCCCUUUCUUAUAAACAACGUGGCCUUUGAGGUGCAGGAGGGAGGGCUGGUGCGGGUGGAGGAGUACAUGCUCUUGGCCUCAGAUCUGGACUCCAGUGAUGACUACAUCCUGUACCAGCUGGUCACACAGCCACGUGCUGGGGAGAUGGUGAAAAAGACCUCCGUGUACGAUGCAGGAGUCCCUGUUAGCAGCUUCCUGCAGAGGGACCUGUAUCAGGGCCUGAUCUACUACAGGCACUCAGGAGAGGAGGUGUUUGAGGACUCGUUUGAGUUCAUUCUCUCUGACAGUCAUCAGCCUCCAAAUCUUUCCGAUCGACAGACUGUGGUGGUCCACGUGUUCCCUGUCAAAGACCAGCUGCCUGUGGAGGUGUCGGGAACCGUGCGCUUUAUCACUGUGAAGGAGACGGAGGUGGUGUACCUCACACAGAGCCACCUCCAUUUUAGGGACCCAGAAAACAGUGACACAGACCUCGCCUAUUUCAUUACGCAGCCCUGUUUCAGUCUCAACAAGCCCGGCAUGCCAGAUGCAGGAAGAUUAUUCUUCACAGAUACCACCCAUACCAUGAAAAAGGAUUAUAUGGUGCCAGUGCUCAAGUCAUUCACACAGCAUCGUUGACAAUUAGUCACAAUGAUAUGACUCCUCUCUCAGAACGCAGUAAAUCACCAUAAAGUGGGCUACAUGCCUCCGAUUGAGGACAUCGGGCUGGAGCCACUCUAUGUGCAGUUUGUCUUCUCUGUGAGUGAUCAACAUGGAGGCACUCUCAGUGGCCUCAUCUUCAACAUCACUGUCUUGCCGGUGGACAACCAAAAACCAGAGAUGUUCACCAACCUGCUGCGAGUGGAGGAGGGUGGAGCCGUGUUCCUCACGGAGGAACACCUGUUGAUACGGGAUGUGGAUACCCCUCCUGAGGGCCUGAGAGUGAGGCUGGAUGCUCCUCCCCGCCACGGGAGGCUGGAGCUACAGGGGACCCCUCUCCCAGAGGGCCACAGCUUCUCCCUGCUGGACAUCCGAGCUCUGCGAGUCAGGUACAUCCAUGAUGAUUCUGAGACUUUGAAGGACAGUUUAAGCCUUACAGUUACAGAUGGCACCAGCUCUACCCAGGCUGAGCUUUUAGUACAGGUCAUGCCUGUGAACGAUGAGCCCCCCCAGCUGGGUCCAGGGCUGCGUGCCGGACUGUCCUGUGCUGAAGGUGGCCGUGUGCAGAUCACCGUGGAGUACCUGUUUGCCACAGAUGCAGACAGCGACGACGCACGGCUCACCUACAUGCUGGCCAGAGCCCCCAGCCACGGAGAGAUACACAGAGGAGGUGGCCCUGUGGACAAGUUCUCCCAACAGGACCUCCUACAAGGAAUGAUCUACUAUGUACACACAGGGGGAGAAGUUGGACCCCACUCAAUCUCAGAUUCUGUGACACUUAUAGUGUCUGAUGGAGAGGCAGGAGGCCAGGACGUCUGUUGCCAAGGAGAUGUCAUGCCUCCGCCCGUCCCUUUGCAUGGCACCCUCCCGGUUUAUGACCUCAAUAUUACAGUGACCCCAGUCAAUGACAAACCUCCAUCGGUGACCAUAGGUGAUAUGUUUGUAGUGGACGAGGGCUCCUUUGCCUGUCUGUGUCAUGGGACUCUGGGAACCAUGGAUCCUGACACAAACCCCAAUGAACUUAUCUUCCAUCUUGAAACACCUCCUCGUAAUGGCUUCAUUGAGAACACCCUUCCCUCCCCUGGGUUUGAGAAGAGUAAUGCUGGAAUUAAAGUGGUGUCUUUCAGUCUUCUUCACCUCAACUCCGGCUUCAUCAACUACGUCCAGGCAAGACACCAGGGCCUGGAGUCCACAGCUGACCACUUUGUGGUGAGCGUCACUGAUGGGGUCCACAAGUCCACCGCUGUGCCAUUCUACAUCAUCAUCAACCCCACAAACGACGAGCCUCCAACUCUCCUUCUCAACAAUUUUACUGUGACAGAGGGAGGCAUGAAAGAGCUGACGGCAGCCAUCUUGGAUGCGGUGGAUCUGGACGCCCCUCCUGACGUCCUGACCCUGACUGUCACAAGCCCUCCCAAGCAUGGCGCCCUAAUCAAUGGCAUCUACGGCCUCCAGAUGAGCCGCUAUAAGGACAUGGGCCAGGAGCUGCUGCGCCGCAGCCUGCCCGCACACAACUUCACCCUCACAGAGCUCCGACAAGGGAUGAAGAUCGUGUACAUGCAUGAUGACACGGAAACCCUUCAGGACGCCUUCACCAUACAGCUGACAGAUGGCAAGCACGUAGUCCAGGGGACAGCGCAGGUCCACAUCCGACCAGUCAAUGAUGAAAAGCCACGGCUGCUAAAAAAUGCAGGUAUGGACAUGGAGGUUAAAGGUCACAGAGUCAUCUCCAGCGUGACGCUUGAGGCAGUGGACCAGGACACCCCAAAUCAUCAGCUCUACUACAUCCUCAAUGCUGGACCCAAGUUUGGCAUACUGCAGCUGAAGACACACAGAGGGUGGCUGGAUCUGAAUCCAGGACAGAACUUCACUCAGGAGGAUGUGGAGCUGAACCGACUGUGGUACAAACACACCACCCUCACUGGGUUCAAAGGUCACGACCGCUUUGUGUUCUACCUGAGUGAUGUGGACAACCCUUCACCCCCCGAAAGCUUCUUCAUCUCCGUGCACGCUCCCCAGAAAGGUGACAUUGCUCUGGUCACUAAGCCUGUGGAGUUGAUGGAGGGUGAGCGGGUCAUCCUAACCACAGAUCACCUGCUAGCCUCAGACAGUGGCAGCUCAUCGGAGGAGCUGGUUUACGCAGUGUCGGUGCCACCCAAACAUGGCCACCUCCACGCGGUGCAGCACCCAGGCAUGCCACUGAGCUCCUUCACCCAGAUGGACGUGGCAGCACACCGUGUCUGCUACACCCACGACAAUAGCCACACUGAUGACCAGGACCUCUUCAGCUUUGUCAUCACCAACGGCGUGUCCUCUAGGACCAGCUCUUUGAUGUUUUUGAUAGAUCACAGUGACCGCAUCCCCCCGACUUUGGCCACCAACACAGGCCUACACGUCACAGAGGGCGGCUCCCAGACCCUCUCCUCUGAGAACCUGCUGCUAAUGGACCCUGAUACAGCCCUGGAGAACCUGACCUACACGGUCACUCAAAUGCCCCAGUACGGCCAUCUGCUCCUAAGGGGUGUCCCUUUAACAUUAUCCCAGAACUGCUUCACUCAGGUCAACAUCAACAACAUGGACCUGGUCUACAAGCACCUGGCUGGGCCAGCCCACAUAGAUCAGUUCAGCUUCCUUCCUUCCGACAGGACCAACAGAGGCUACCUGGAGUAUGGCCAGCUGAAGGAAGUACCUGUGGUCUUCACCAUACAGGUGGAGCAGCUAGACAAGACCCCACCAAGUCUGGUUUCCAAGGGGACACCCAGCACCGUGGAGACUCUUCAUGAGGGCCAGCAUGUCAUCUACAUCACCUCUAAAUACCUCCAGGUGUCUGACCCUGACAGCCCACUCCAAGAGCUGGAGUUCACCAUUGUUCGGCCCCCACAUUUUGGACACUUGGAGAAUGCUCAUACAGGGGGGUAUAUCAAAGGCCGCUUCACCCAGAAAGACCUGGAUCAGAAGGCGAUACGUUACAUCAUUCCAGCUGAUAUGGAGGUGACGGCAGACAGUUUUGAGUUCCGUGUAACUGAUCCAGCAGGAAACACCAUGCUGCCUGAAGUGUUGGAGAUGAGAUGGUCACGUGUAGAACUGUCUGCCACAUGUUACCGAGUCUGUGAAAAUGCAGGGACUCUGGCCAUACAGGUGACCCGGAGCGGAAACAGCAUAGACCCUGCCUACGUCACAAUACAGGUUGAGGAGGAUACUGCUAAAGUGGGGAAGGAUUUCACACAUAGCACUGCUACACUUAUCCAGUUUGAUCCAGGUGUAAAUAUAAAAUCAUGGAACAUUUACCUGAAAGAUGAUGGACUUGAGGAGAACCAUGAAAAGUUUGAUGUGAUUCUAAAAGCGCAAAAAAAUGCUGUUCUGGGUCCAAUGGACAGAGCCAGUGUAGAGAUCAUUGACCCAAGAGGAGGUAAGUGUGACCCGGCUGAUCUUAUAGAUGAGACUAAAGACCACCUGCUAGAAGUGCCCCUUCGUGUUCAUCAGCCUCAGACUGUGCCAAAGAAAGAACGCGACCAGGAUCCCCACACUGGGAUUGUAUGGGAAGGCCGCCCUCCAAGGGGAGAUGUCCCAAAUCAUGGGCACUUCCUUGAUUAUUCUGAGGGAGGUGCACAGGACCAACCCUAUCAUGGACAAGGCAAGAGAUUACUGGUGGAAAGAAACAGCCACAGAGUAUCUCAAUCAGAUGUUGUGCAGAGGGCUGAAGAAAAAGUCUAUAUCCACGGGCUGAUCCCCUUAAGGCUGGUGGAGGAGAGAGUUGUGAGCUCUGAUCAGAUACCGCCUGUCCAUUCUGACGUGGAGAUCACCCCCAUCUGGUCCUGGACUGGUCACCUGCUCAGCGAGCACAAACCUGGAGAGGUACCUUUGGGAGAUGCCCCUCCUAAUGCCUCUGACAUGAGGAAACGUCAACGCCAGCGAAAGUCAAGUAAGGCACUUAGUCUGGACUGUCCCUCUGGCUGGACUCACUACAGAAAACGCUGUUACAUCCUGAGCCCAGGAGUGGCCACAUGGAGCAGCGCCCAGCAUGCCUGCUCUCUGCUACGUCACAGCCAGUUGGCUGGUAUUCACUCCACGACUGACAUGAAGUGGAUGUGGAGAUUUGCUGGAAAACAACCCUUUUGGACAGGGCUGACUGGAUCCAUGGGGCAGUGGAUGUGGACAGAUGGCAAGCCAGUGUUGUUCUCCAAACUCCAGCUAAACAGGGAUUCCAGUUCUGACCCCAGCUGUGUGCUGGCUGAAUCCCAGAGAAAAUGGACUCCAAAAAAUUGCACUACGGGAGACGAGUACAAAUAUAUCUGUUCAGCCGCAGCUCAAAACAUCUGAAGGAAACUUUGUAUGCCAUAUGAUAGUGUGGAGGAUUUAAUGUGGAAAUUCAAAUGUCAAAUGCUUAAUAGCAAUGUCUUAACCUAUUUGUGAAAGAAAACCAGCCUAGCAGCUUGGUUUCCUACUGGUUUGACCCUUUAACUCUGUAUCAAUUUGUAAACGUCACAAAAUUGUUUAUGUGUGUAAAACCAGCACCUUCAGAUGUAAACACAAUAAAGUAAAACAAAUUG